UAGCAGAUCAGAUCAUAGCAGAUCAGGAUGCGUUUCAUCGGUUGUGCUUUUUUGGCUUUCGCUUGCCUGGCGGCUUUUCCAAGUGUCACGCCUGUUCUUUUGGCUCCAAUUCGUCCUUAUAAUGGAACUGUUACUCCUCCAAGCAACUUUGCCUUGGAACUAAGGGCAGUGAUACGUUCGGUACCCAAGGAUAAGAUAGAGAAGCUAAUUCAGACCUAUCUACUGAAUGACAUCGAAUUCCAAGGUCUCAUCAGGGCAGUGAACUCUUUGCCUGCCUAUCGACUGUAUCGACAGUUUAUCAACCAACCCGAAGUGCGACAAUUGCAGCAGUGGAUCACCCAACAACUCAUCUUAUCCGGUGGUUCCCCCAAGAUUUUCGAAUACCUGGAACUGGAGAUCAAGAUCUUCAAUAAGUAUCCCUACUGGUCACAGAUUGUGAAUGGAAUCCGAGGUUUCCAAACGGAGUUUGUGCAGAUCUACCCAGUGCAACUGAUUCGAACUCUUUUGGAACCCAGUGCCAGCCAAACAAGUCCUCUUAUAUCCGAACUUUGGCGUCGUCUGGUGGCCUUGCGUCCAGUUUAUGAAAGGGUUUUGGCCACUCCCCCCGGCAAGGUCAUCGCAGCUGAACUUCAACGACUGGGCGUGGAUGUGGGUGGCUUGGAUGCCCUUAUUCGUUACCAAUUCGGCUGGAGCAACGUCACUGUGGGCAACUCAUUUCCCAACUACGAUUACGCGGAUUACUUAUACUAGAAAUCUGAUAUGGAACUGGAUACGGAAAA